AUGAGUCUUCCCAUAAAACAAACAGGCGAUAAACUCAAACCUGAAAACUGACGAGUGAUGUACUUAUUAAGUCAUAAUGGAAAUUCAUUUCAGUCCAUUAGCAACGAAGUUCGAUCUGCAAAUUACACCUUGUGGAAUCUUCUCCCAAAAAAUAUUUUUACUCAGUUUUGUGAUAUUUGAUAUUUCUGGUUCCUUUUUAUCUCAAUUUUACAGCUGAGUUUAUCUACUUCCAGUGUAGGUACAUCAGCUGUAAUUAUUCCUUUUAUUGUCCUACUUUUUAUUACUUUAAUUUCAGACGCUUACCAUGACUUGCCAAAGCACCGGCACGACCAGACUGUUAACAAUAAAGAAUAUUUAGUUUGUGAUGGAUUUAAUUUUGUAUUAAAGAAGAGCAAGGACAUUAAAAUUGGAGACGUCAUUCAAAUUAGAGAAAAAGAGACUUGUCCAGCUGAUAUUUUGAUGCUCUGUGUAAAAGGUGGGGAAUCUGAAAUAUUUGUUGAUAUGUCUGGGGUAAAUGGAGAGCCUACUUUUGAAUCGAAAAAGCCUAUAAAAGAGACAAUGGAAUUUACGAGUGAAGCUAAUGAGUUUGAAGCGAUUACACUUAUCAGUAGAAUAAAUGCUAUUAUAAAAGUCCCAGAAAAUAGAAUUAGUGGAGAAUUUAAAGGUUCCAUAAGGCUGGAAUCAAAUCCUAAAUCUAGUGUAAUUUCAAGCUUAAACUAUAUAAAAAGAGGUGCAAAACCUAUAGAUGCACAAUGGAUUUUAGGAUUGGUAAUAUAUGCUGGUGAAGAUACACCUUAUAAGCAAAAAUUAACAGAGAGGCUUUCUGCGUCUAAGAAAAGGCUAAAUAAAGUGGUUUUGAUAAUGAUGAUUUUUGCUGGGGUAUUUGUUUUGCUUACAGUAGUAAAUACAAUUGAGAAUCAUCAUUAUUCAGACAAUGAAGGAAACUUGAAUUUUAUAUUGUCUGUUAUCGUAUUGUAUAGCUAUCUUGUACCUAUUUCUUUAUUUAUUGCUUUGAGAGUUACUAAGCUCAUUAUUUCAUUUUCUUUGAGAAAAAGUUACAAUAUUCGAAUAAAUGAUCUGUCUGCAAUAGAAGAUGGAGGCCAAAUUGAGUAUAUUCUUGCAGAUAAAACAGGUACUAUUACAAAUGGAAAUUUUCAGCUGCAAGUGUGUAUUGUAGCUGGAGAUAUUUAUAUGAAAGAUGAUUUCGAGUUUUGUCAGUCUCCAUAUGAAUUUUUGACAAGCCCAAAAACUGAAGCUCGGGCACCAUUAAUAAUCCAUGACCUUGUAUACUACGACGCAGCUAGCGUACUAUAAAAAAGAAGUGUUGGAGCUUCUGGCUUGUCACAAAAAGGCGACUAGCUAAAAAAAUUGAGUACAUCUGCUAAAUUAAUAAAUCCUGUUAAUCAAUUUCUCUGUAAGCAAUCAGGACAAAUAGUUUCUAGCCCUUUUUUCUAUCUCUAAGGCGCACUAAAUGCAUGCCCAAAGUAUAAAGCAUAAUUCAAAAACUUUCAAAACAUUCCAUGAUCUGAGAAGCGACUUUGCCUUAGUCGGACCAAACUCAGUUUUUUACCAUUUUACACUAUGCAUGGCUAUCUGCAAUAGCACAUACAUGAGAGCUGAUCGAGCAAUCAGUCCUAUUUCAAUUGAAGAAAAAGUCAUGAUAGAAACAAGCAAAGAACUCGGCAUUAAAUUAACUCCGCCCCCCAUCCUUGAUCGAACGACUCGCCAUCGUUCGAUCAAGGAUGGGGGGUUAAAAAAAAUUUUUUUGGGAAAAAAUUUUUUAUAUAUAAAAUAAAAUAUAUAUAUAAAUUUUUUUUUAUUUACUUUUAAAUAAGGGGUUAAGAGUAUUUAAUAAUUAUUUUUACAGCAAAAAAAUGAAUUAAUUUCAUAAAAAUACCAAUUUUUAAUAUUUAAUUUAUUAGUUACCCUUUUAAACUGUAUAAAUUUUAAUUUAAAUUAAAUAUUUUUUUUAAAAAUUUUAAAGAAUCUCUAUUUUAUUAGAUUAUUGAGUUUUUAAGCCCAUGUUGAUGACUAAAUUACUUGAAUGGUUGAUUCCGAAGCUUUCUAUCGUCUCAAAGUCUCUGAAAACAACUUCAUUAGGUACAUCUUCCCAAGCUUUUGAUAACUAUUAUAUUUUUAUAUAUAUAAAAAUUUGCAUGAUAUGAAAAUCGUUCGAUCAAGGAUGGGGGUUAAUUUCCCCAAUUUUUAGGAAUUUUUACAGUCAAUCGUUCGAUCAAGGAUGGGGGGGGGGAGUAAGGAAAAAAACAAGCCAAAUUUACGAUGCCAUCAUUUUCGAUGAAGAACUCAAACUCAAAGUAAUCGGCUACCAGAGAAAAUCCCACAAUGCCAAAAAAUCACGAAUCAUCGUAAAAAAUACCAUAACUGGCCAUACAUUUUUAUAUGUAAGUGGCUCAAGAGAGCCAAUGAUGAAACAUUUUUACUAUUCUUCAGAAGACUCUGCAUAUAUUGAAGAACUUAUUAGCAGAUCCGAAAUGGUUGAUAAAAAAGUUAUCAUAUUCGGCUACAAAGAGCUAUCCAAAGAAGAAGUCGAAAAAUUUGAAGUGGAUUAUUUAAAUUUUAAGCUUCUUCCUGUCAUAAGUGAAGGAAAAAUCGAAGAUUUAUUCAUAAAGCUAGAAGAUGAGGUCAGAUUUUUAGGAGCAGUUGGGCUAGAAGAAACUGUUUUAGAAGAAACAAAAGAAGCCAUUGCUUCUUUAACACAAGCUGGAAUCAAGAUAUGGGUUCUUAGUGGGGAUAAUGAAGAAAAUACUUUAUGCACAGGCAUUGCAUCUGGUCUUUUUAAGCCUGGAGCUAAUAUUUCAAAAAUUUCGAAUAUCACUUCUCCUUGGGAUUGCACAGUAGAGCUGCUUGAUCAGAUCAAGACAAACCUUUUUCAUGUCAAUACAAAUACGUAUAUAACACCAGUGCUUGGAAGAGAAAAUUCAUCUUUUGAAAAAUCAGGCAAUAGAAGUCCUCACCAUGUACAGUCUAAUUUUGAAAUGCUUUACCAAAAUAGCAUACAACACCCUCAAGGAUUCACGCCAAGCAAUGCAGCUUUUAGAGUCCGAAGAAAAAGCAAAAUGAGGAGAAGAUCAGUGAACCCUGUCCUGAUCUCUAAUCUUUCUAAAGGAAGCAAACUAAGAUCUCCUCUUUCAGACACAAUUAUCCCUGAGUCGAUUCAUUUUGUAUUAUCAAUUGAUAGAAGUAUCGUUGAAUUUGGGUUAAAAUCUGAAGAAAACAGAAAAUAUUUAGCAGCUUUGUUAUGUGCAGCUGAUAGUGUAUGUUUCCACUCAUUGCUGCCUGAUGAUAAAACAAAAAUUACUAGGUUUUUAAGAUACAGAUUCUCUUAUGAUCCAAUAAUUCUUGCUAUUGGAGACGAAACAAGUGAUAUUGGAAUGAUAAAGCAUGCAAAUAUCGGCGUCGGGAUCAUAAAGGCAAAAACUGAACACAUUGGUAAAGCAGCCAUAAGGAAAUUUUCGCAGCUUAGGGAGCUGAUUUUGUAUCAAGGUCAUACAAAAUUCCUUAUAUUAUCAAAAGUCUUGAUGCUUUCAUUUUUCAUGAACUAUUUGAUUACAUUUGUUUUGCUAUUCUAUUGCAAUUCUUCGUUUACUAGUUGCCAAUCAAUGCUAGAUGAAGAUUUCAUAGUUUUUUAUUUAUUUUUACUAGUAUUUGUCCCUAUUGUAGGGUCUGGACUUUUUGAUGAAGAUUUAACUAAAGAGCAGGUUUAUAAGUAUCCUCAGGUUUAUAAUGCACGCAACCAUUUAGCAGUUAUAAAGCCUUGGAAAUUUUUAGCAUCUAUGGGUACAGCGUUUAUAUAUGCAAUGAUUAUUUACUUUCCAGUUUAUUCUGUAUAUAUAAUGAAUGAUAAAGGAUUUACCCUUGAUUUAUACACAAUGGAGAUCAUUAUUUAUUUAUCUUUAUAUAUUAUGUCGAUGCUUUAUAUAAUAAUCCAAACGACUGCAUUUAAUAUAUGGACUGGAUUAGCAUAUUUAGUUUCCUUGGUUGCUUUGAUAAUAUUUUUGAAUGUUGAACAUAAUGACCCUGACGAUGAGCACUAUGGAGUUUUAGACAUUUUAUACGAAAGUCCACUUCUAUGGUGCUAUAUCAUUAUUUUACCAGUCAUAUGUAUAUGUAUAAGCCUUGCUUUUAAGCUUUAUAUGAUAUUGCUUCAUCCUAGUCUCAGCUACUUGAUAAAAGUUAAAGGGAAAAAGCUGCUAAAUAUCAAUAUUUCUUCAAGACUAGAGGAAUUUAAAAGCAAAAUGGAAUCAAUAUAUAAAAAAUCCAAUUCCUUAAAGCAUGAUCACGAUUCUUUUGAAAUAAAUCCAUGGACCUUAAAAUUCAGCUCAAAACUAAUUGAGAACGAGUUUCAAAUCUAUUCAAGCCACAAUGUAAACAAUUACCGGAUCUUUUUAGGGAUUUCUUAUUUUUCAUUCGCAGCGCUUGGAAUUUAUGAAAUUUGUACUUCAGAAACGACGGAAUCUUAUGGUAUUUUUAUUAUUGUGACUUUCACACUUUAUGCUAUUUUAUUGAUUUCUUCACUUACUUCUAUUUUCAACACAUAUCAUAAAGAAAUGUCAAUUUUGGCAGCAGUUUUUAACAUUGUUAUUUCUAUAGUCAAUAUUUUUAUAUUUAGUAUUCAGCCAACUCAGCUUUAUUUAUAUUGGUCUCCUCUUUUUCUAUUCGCUGAAAGUGGCCUAUGGAUGGAAAUGGGAAUAAUAACGAUCAUAACAUUCAUUAUAUGUGGUAUGUGCAGCAUUUAUUUCAAUGGAAGAACUGAUUGGGACACUUCAAACAAAUUAGUGUAUUUUUUAGAAAUUCUUACCCUUUAUAUGGCAAUGUCCUUAAUAGUUGCAGCGAGAUUAUAUGUCGCUUCCAAAUCCAAAAGAAAUCGUUGGAAAUUUUUAAAGAAUGUCGACAAUGAAAUGGAGAAAUCAGAGCAAGUCUUAAAUUUCGUGCUUCCAGCCUUUGUAAGAAAAAGAGUAAAAGAUGGAAUAAGAUAUACCAAUACAAAUUUUAAUGGGAUGAAUAUAAAGAAAUAUCACAAAUUUUUAUCAGAUAUAAAAGGGUAUAUAUCGCUGAAGACCAAGGGGUCGUAUCUGUUCUAUUUUGCGAUAUUGAUAAUUUUGAUGAAAUUCUUUCAAACUAUCCCAGCAGUGAAAUCACUCAAUUUCUCGACGAAAUUUAUAGGAAGUUUGAUAAUAUUUGUGACACAACUGGAGUAACUAAAAUAGAAACAGUCGGAAAUGUUUACAUGGCUUGUGCAGGGCUAAAAGACAGCGAAAUGGAGCUGCCUUCUUAUUUCAGGUCAAUCUCCCAUUCUAGAAGAUGCAUUGAAAUGGGUUUGAAAAUUUUAAGCACAGUUGAUAAAAUUUAUUUGAAUAAAGGAGAGUCUCUGAAGGUCAAGAUUGGUAUUCACACAGGCCCGGUGACUGCUGGAGUUGUAGGAUACCAUAAGCCUCAGUUUUCCCUUGUUGGUGAUACUGUAAAUACAGCUAGUAGGAUGGCUUCUACCCUUAAUGACCCUCUAAUGAUACAGAUUUCAGAAGACACUUACUCACAUCUCGAUGACUUAUCAGGACUGUCUUUUACCAAAAGAACAGUCAGCGUUAAAGGUAAAGGGAACAUGAAUACAGUACUAGUAAGCUUCAACCAAUCUUCAGAUAUCAGUCUCAAAGAUAUGGAGCCACUUCUACCUACUCUUCAAUAUGGGAAUAACAGCUCCAUGAUAAGAGCUAAUUUUAGAAGCACCAUGAGAUUAGACUCAGUUGCUUUUAAUAACCAUUCAGCCAAGUCAUCCACUGUAUUUACAGACCGAAGAUCAUCUGAUUUAUCAAAUUCUAAUAUAAAGCUCCCAACACAAGAUUUCAGUAUAUGAGAACUUUGUCCUUUCAAUACUAGUGAAACCCACCAAGAUAGAAUGGUCAGGCAUCAAAUGCUUGAUAAUUAUUCAAAUGCUUUAUUUUUUGGAACUCUUGUUGGGUUUUUCUGUAAUUUUAUUAUGAUGGCUACAAAUUUAGCAACUAUGAUUACUGAGGAUCAAAAUGCUUAUAGUAUAGCUGAUUUUUGUUUUUAUAUUACGAAAACUAUCCUUUUUGGAUUAAUUUUACUUACUAUAAGGAGAUUCUAUCGGAAAAAAUAUUUUUCAAUUAUGCUUGAAGCCACUUAUACAAUGUCAAUAAUUGCAAAAUUAAUUAUAGGAUUCUAUCAAACUGAAAUAUCAGAAGAGCUUUCAACAGAAGCUUAUUUAUUUUUAAUGUACUUUAUUCUACUACAAUGCACAGGAUUAUUUUUCAAAAAUAUUUUCGUGGUAUCAUUAUUAGUAGUUAUUUUUUGGAUUAUUUCACUAUUUUUCUCAGGCCACGAGUUCCCAGUAGAAGAAGCUAUUAUAGUAUUUGGGUUCACUUCAGUUGUGCAAUUUGUGACAUUUUACAGAGAAAGAAACCUCAGGAUUUUUUUGGAUAUUGAAAACACAUCACAUAAAGAGCUUGAAAAAAUUGAAGCUUUAUUGACUCAGAUGAUGCCUCCUCAUGUGUUUCAAAACCUAAGAGAAGAAAUCGCGAUUACAGAUAGCUUUAAUAAUGUAACUGUCCUAUAUGCUGAUAUUGCUGGGUUUACAGCUUGGUCUUCUAAUAAAGAAGCUAUAGAAGUCGUUGGGAUGCUUUCAAACUUUUUCACACGGUUCGACAAGCUUUGUGUAGAGCACAACGUAUAUAAAGUCCACACAAUUGGAGAUUGCUAUGUCGCAAUGGGUCUUAACGGCACUGAUUUUGAAAGAAACCCAUCCCAAGAGUGCUUAAAUAUCAUAAACUUCGCACACGCUCUAUUAGAGACUAUAGAAAUCGUAAAUGCCGAUUCCUUUUUGAGCUUGAAAAUGAGGAUUGGGAUCCAUACAGGCAGUAUAAUCGGAGGGAUUGCAGGAGCUACCAUUAUAAGAUAUGAUAUUUUUGGCUCUGAUGUGAUAAUUGCGAAUAAGAUGGAAAGCAAUGGAGUUCCAGGGUCAAUUUGUGUGAGUGAAGAUACCAUGACGAUUAUUGAAAGCUAUAAGCCAGGGAUGUUCAAGUUUAAUCGUCAUCAGGAUGUCCAGAUACCCACAGCCGAUAGAACAAUAAAGACUUAUCUUUUAGAAAAGGACGAAAAUGUAGUUUAA